UAUUAACCUCGUGCGCCAACGCUAGGUGGCGCUUUUAAGCUCUCUCUCUCUCUCUCUCUCUCUCUCUCUCCAUACAUAAACACCAAAUCUCAUCAGCGAAACGAAAACCCCUACGUCGCCUCUGCUGUUUCCAAAUCCAAAUCUGUCUCUAAAUUCUCUUUUUCUCUUCGAUCGUACCCAAUCCAAAUUCAUCGUAACUACUCACUCUACAAUACCGUCGGACUUGCACAACAAUCAAUCUAAAUAGAUCGAGGGAUUUUCACCUUUUUUCGAUCUAUACAGCGUUUAAUCGAUAUAGAAUUAUACAAAUCAUCAUGCACUUAUAUAUGCAGGGCACAUACAGAGUUUGUAAGACUUGAUCGGUUUUUGAUCCUACGUUUUAUCGACACUUGUGCUAAUAAUAGGUAGGGUAAAAUGGAAAGAAGAUUAUUCAAUGAAUCGAUGAGAGUAUGAAGAUGCCAGGAUUAGCGCAGGGAAACAAUGGUGUUCUUCAAUUCGGUAAUGGUGCUACCGCGUCGUCGCUUUACUCCUUAUCUUGUUCGAAUGGAUCGGCCAAUGGAUUCUGGUCGAAACAUCGCGACGUUGUUAGCUACAAUCAGCUCCAGAAGUUCUGGAGUGAGCUGUCACCACAAGCACGGCAAGAGCUCCUGAGGGUUGACAAACAAACGCUCUUUGAGCAAGCUCGUAAGAAUAUGUACUGCUCUAGAUGCAAUGGAUUACUGCUCGAAGGUUUUAUGCAGAUUGUCAUGUAUGGAAAGUCUUUGCAGCAGGAGGGAACGAGUGGGCUCCUUUCUUGCAACAGGCAAGGAACCUUGGAAAAUCAAAAUGAUGGUGAUUUGGGAAGGACUACAGCUUGCGAAGAUGAAGUCCAAGAUCCAUCAGUUCACCCUUGGGGUGGUUUGACCACAACUAGAGAUGGGACUCUGACCCUUUUGGACUGCUAUCUGUAUUCAAAGUCCCUAAAGGGACUUCAGAAUUUCUUUGACACUGCACGUGCGAGGGAACGUGAGCGAGCAUUGCUAUAUCCUGACGCCUGUGGUGGAGGAGGUCGAGGCUGGAUGAGUCAAGGAAUGGCAGGGUAUGGCAGAGGGCAUGGAACAAGGGAAACCUGUGCUUUGCACACUGCCAGACUAUCUGUCGACACAUUAGUGGAUUUUUGGUCCGCACUUGGAGAAGAAACUCGGCAAUCUCUUCUAAGGAUGAAGGAAGAGGAUUUUAUAGAAAGGCUCAUGUACAGGUUUGAUAGCAAGAGGUUUUGCAGAGAUUGCAGAAGGAAUGUUAUCCGUGAGUUCAAGGAACUAAAGGAGCUAAAGCGCAUGCGGAGGGAAACUCGCUGCACCAGUUGGUUUUGCGUUGCAGAUACAGCCUUCCAAUAUGAGGUGUCUCAUGACACGGUUCAAGCUGAUUGGCAUGAAACUUUAACGGACAAUGUUGGAACCUACCAUCACGUUGAAUGGGCUGUUGGAACUGGAGAAGGAAAAUCUGACAUUCUGGAGUUCGAAAAUGUUGGGAUGAGGGGAAGGGUUCAAGAGAGUGGUCUAGACCUUGGUGGUUUGAACGCAUGUUACAUCACCCUAAGGGCUUGGAAAAUGGAUGGCCGCUGCAGUGAGCUCUCUGUGAAAGCUCAUGCAUUAAAAGGUCAACAAUGUGUACACUGCAGGCUUGUAGUUGGUGAUGGUUUUGUUAGGAUGACUAGAGGGGAAAGCAUUAGAAGGUUCUUUGAGCAUGCUGAAGAGGCUGAGGAAGAAGAGGAUGAUGACACCAUGGACAAGGAUGGAAAUGAGCUGGAUGGAGAAUGCUCCCGUCCCCAGAAACAUGCGAAGAGUCCUGAACUUGCUCGAGAAUUUCUGUUAGAUGCUGCAACUGUUAUUUUCAAGGAACAGGUUGAAAAGGCUUUCAGAGAAGGAACUGCUCGUCAAAAUGCUCACAGCAUUUUUGUUUGUCUUGCACUAAAACUGCUGGAAGAACGUGUUCAUGUUGCAUUCAAAGAAAUUGUUACGUUAGAAAAACAGAUGAAACUCGUCGAAGAAGAAGAAAAGGAAAAGCGUGAAGAAGAAGAACGCAAGGAGCGACGAAGAACAAAAGAAAGAGAGAAAAAGCUCCGAAGGAAGGAGAGAUUGAGGAUCAAAGAGAAGGAUAAGGAGAGUAAAUCCUCUGGAUCACACCAGAGUUCUAUUGUUUCUGAUGUUCUGAAUGUGCUGUCACCAGAACAGCCAGAUGACAUCAAUGAGGGAUUGAUAUGUGAAACAGGUGAUAGUCCAUCAAAAACUGAUGAGGAGCUAUUGAGUGAAUCUAUCUUUUCAAAGAUGGAAAACCACUCUGGUAACUGUUCUGAUGGUGACUUUUUCAAUGUGCACGAUGGGAGUUCAUUUGCAAUUGAUCACUCAAAAGUAUCUAAUCAAAAGCUGAAGUUUCAUAAAGAAUUUCAGUCAGAUCCGAAAUUGAAAUGGUCGGAGGAACGACAACGUGCAGUUGCCGAAAGAAGGGGUAUGGUUAGUGACUUCGAUCCUCGAUAUCAUGGUGAUAAUUCAGACAUCACUUCAAAUAGUGUAAAUGGGAUGAAUAAAAAUUCGAGAUGUAAUUCAACAAAGUUGAAUGUUAGAAAUGGAGGGCUCAAGUUUGGUGAGAGGUUUCAGAGUGCCAACAACUGGAUGAGUGACAGAUAUGACUUCAAUGCUUGCAGCUGUAACCGCAACAAUGAUUACAGAGUCAAGGCACAUGCUUCUACGACCAGAUUAGGUCACGAGACCAAAUCCGUGAGUAAGCCGGAAUCUGUGUCAGAUGUCUCUAAGCCAUAUUAUCGCAGUAACAAGUACAAUCAAAUGGACCAUGCAAAGGAGAAUUGUGGGAGACCCAAAAGCAGAAAUAUAAAUGGAAAUAAUCCCUUUACUAGAGAUUCCCAUUAUGUGAAGAAAGUCUGGGAACCGAUGGAAUCACAGAGGAAGUAUCCUCGAAGCAACUCAGACACUGAAGUUACAUUGCAAUCAUCUACUUCUGAGGUCAAGGAUAGUGAAUCCGGUAAUCGUAAGUCAUCUGGUUCUGAUUGUUUCAGUAAAGUCGCUAAAAAAUCGGAUGAUACCAGUAAUAGUGGGAGUGCCUUAAGUGGAACUGGAGACCCAUCUAUGAGCACCAAUUCCAAUUCUGACAACUGUUCAUCAUACCUUAGUGAAGGAGACAGCAUUACAUCCUCUUCGAACUCCCGGAAUCCAGAAUCUUCAUCCUCAUCGGAUUCUGAAGAUUCCACUCAACACUCAGGAGGAGAAAAUUCAGUACGCAUUCCAGAUAAGUUCCCUGUAUGUCCAGAGGCUGAAAUGGAGGGAAAACAGAUUGCGAAGGAAGCAGAGGCUUGUAGAAGCAGGACAUCAGCUGGGUACUCGCCUGACGCAGCAAAAAGUACUUUUUCCACAAAUUUUCAGCCAAAUGCAGCCCCAAAUCCUGAGAUUGGAAGAAUGAAUGUCCCUGUUGGUUCUCUCCAUCCAGGCGUGCUUCCACCAAUGCACAACCCCUUUCCAAUGUUUCAAGCUCCUUCGGCAAUGGCUUACUACCAUCAGAGUCCAGUUACAUGGCCAGCAGCUCCAGUUAAUGGGUUGAUUCCCUUCCCACCUCCCAACCAUUAUGUACAUGCAACUCCUUUUGGAUAUGGUUUAAAUGGGAAUUCACAGUUCAUGCAGUGUGCUGCCAGGCAAAAUACUACUACUACCACGCUGAACCCUCGAGCACCCUUUUUCAAGCCACUUGUUAAAGCCAACAGCAUAAACUCAAAGGAUCAAGCCAAAAUUUCGAAGCCUUGUGGAGUGCAAGACUCAUUUGGUGAACCUAAAGAAGCCUCACUGCCGAGCAGCGAUGGCGGAGUGAAAAAUGGGAACUCUGACAAAUCGCAGGGUAAUUCAGGCUUUUCUCUCUUCCAUUUUGGAGGUCCGGUAGCCCUUUCCACAGAGUAUAAAUCAGACCCUGCACCUGAUAAAGAGCGCUCUACUGCUGUCAAUCUUUCUUCAAAAUAUUCAGCAGAUCAUGUGGAGGAUGAUUCUGCUUGCAAUAAGAAGGAUAUUAUUGAAGAAUAUAACUUGUUUGCAGCAAGUAAUCAAAUAAGGUUUUCGUUCUUCUGAUAUUCUCUUGAUAAGAUGUGCGGUAGCUGUUUGAAAUUUCAGCCCCAAUCCUCUUCCUAGAUUCAGUAAUGGAUGUUUGAGUAAUUCGUAAUUCACAACACAAUAAUCUUCCUUUGAGAAAAUUUUGAGCAUAGUUUAUGGCUCAGUUGAUUGGUUUUAUUUUAUUGAUUUCAUUGUUUUCCCCUUGUGUAGAGAAAGAGAGAAAGAAAGAAAGAAAGAUGGUUGAGAGAUUGUCAUAAUGUUUGACUUUUUUCUGUAUGAGGUCAGUCUUUUAUUUUAAGGAGCAUUUGUUGGCAUAAGAUAUAUCUUGAG